AUGGAACCAUGCAAAAAUGAUGGCGAGACAAUGAAUAAUCGAGAUGUUGCGAAAGAGGACAGGAUCAGUGAGUUGCCUGAAGCUUUGAUUCUGAAGAUAUUGUCUCUGCUUCCUACAGAAGAAGCCAUAGCCACAAGUGUUUUGUCAAAACAAUGGCAGUCUCUUUGGACGAUGCUGCCUAAACUCAAGUUUGAUUCUUCCUAUCAUCACAAACGUAAACGCGGAACAUUUUCAAAGAACGUCUGUAAGACUAUGCUUUCUCACAAGGCUCCAGUUUUACGAAGUCUGCAUCUCAAAGUUUUUUUAGAUAGAUGUAAUGCAAAAGAUAUUAGUGACUUGAUUGGGAUUGCAUUAUCUCGCAAUGUGCGUAAGCUGGUACUCCAAGUUGACCUUGUGAAAUGUGUUAGAAUUCCUGAAAGCUUGUUUAACUUUGAAAAACUAGAGACCUUGAAACUCAAGUUCUUCAUUCGUAUGGAUGUCCCUUCUUCAGUUUGUCUGAAAUCCCUUAGAACUCUGCAUCUUCGCUUCAUAGACUUCAAAGACGAUGAAUCGGUUAUUAACCUCUUAACUGGUUGUCCUAAUCUUGAAAAUUUGAUGGUGCAUCGAUAUCCAUCCAACAGCAUGGAGACUUUCACUAUUGCCGUGCCAUCCUUACAAAGACUCACAAUUUAUGAUUACACUAGCGAGCAUUCAGGCUAUGUGAUAAAUGCUCCUUCAUUGAAAUACUUGAAGAUUGAAGGGCUUAGGUCUCUUGUGAUGGAGAAUGUGACUAUGCUGGUGGAGGCAAAUCUCAUUUAUGUCUCUAAUACAAUCAUUGAGAACCUUUUGGGAUAUCUAACUUCAGUCAAACGUCUUUUCUUGGAAUUAUCAUCUUUGGAGAUUAAGUUUCCCACCGGUAACAUCUUCUAUCAGCUGGUAUAUUUGGAGCUACUUACAUAUAAAGCAGAGUGGUGGAAUCUACUUACCCUUAUGCUUGAUAGUUCUCCGAAAUUGCAAGUCCUCAAGCUCAAUGAUAAAUGGCGUAGUGAAAAUAAUCGUUUGGCCAUUAGGAGUUGGAAUCAACCAAAGAAUGUUCCUGGAUGUUUGUUGUUUCAUCUUGAGACAUUCGUGUGGGAAGGCUGCAAAAGGCUAGGAGAAGAUGAAAAAGAGGUGGCGAAAUACAUCCUAAGGAACACAAAUAGUUUGAAGAAAGCAACUUUCUCCAGAAUAAUUUAUGAAGAGAACAAUUCUCAAGACAUGAUUGAGAUGGUUGAGAUGGUGGAGGAAUUCGAAAGUGUGGUCAGGGCUUCAACUUCAUGCCAGCUUGUAUUCAAAUGUAACUUAGAUUCAAUUCGAAUGUAA